AAAGCACUGAUGAUGAAUGUGGGAUAAUAUGUGUUCCCCUGGUUAGAAUGUAAGGAAGACCAGUUAUGUCCAUGACAGAAAAAUAGGGUGUAUCCAUAUUGCAGCUCAGUCUAAUAAAUCUACAACCUAAUCUAAGGAAAUGGUCAUAAAAAAGGCUCUCAAGUCCUUGAUGUCUGCUUGGUAAUAGAAGCGUGGUGGACAACUAAUGGACAACUGAACUAGAUUUGCAUACUGCAUAAUAAGUACAAAAACCAGAACAAGCUGUCAGCCUCCUGCACUCCUCAUUCAUUAGUGCCAUCAUUUCCUGCUUUAAUGUUAUGGUGAGGCUCAGCCUAUAUUGCUGUAUGUGUUGCAUGCUUAGUUAGAGGAGAGGUGAGAUAGAAGUAUGGUUAGAUCUUAGCGUACGAGGCCACUCAGUAGCCUGACCAGUAGCUUGACCAAAGACAAAAUGUCACAGCCAUGAGAACGUGUGAACUUAAGUGUCAACUUAUGCCCCCUAGUGGCUGCAUUAAUAUAAGCAGGUAUUGCAUACGCAGACCUUAACAUGAACAGGCUCUUUCACAAGAGAGAAAACUUACGUACAUAACACAUUUUGUAAAUUAAUUUAAAUGAAUAAACGUCUGGCAGAGUUAAGCGACUGUAAACAGGUAGCUAGCAGUGAACCUGUUAACUGAGUUGAGUUUAGAGAGCUGUUAUGUACUCGGGUUCAGCUUGAUAUCUGGGUCUUGAUAUUUUAAUGAUUCUGGGAUAUAACAGUGUUUCCCUGAUUUAUGUUAGUCUGCCUAGAAAUUGGGCCAGUAGCCGAACUAUAGCUUGUUCCUCCCGACAAAGUUGACCGGAGUGAUCAGCAUUUCUUUUCGUCAACUUCAGUUCUCUCUUUCCAGGCGUGAGUCGCCGACUGUCGUCUUCAGGACAGUUUAUUUUUAACUACUCCAGUUUUAAUGCGAUAUUUGUCCGUCGUUCAUUUCCACGGCAUGAAAGCGCUAACAUUUGGCCUAACCCUUGUUCGACAUGGGGAAACACAGUACAAUAAACAAGGCCUGCUGCAAGGCCAGGCUAUAGAUUCACCCUUGUCUGAGAUCGGGCUGCAGCAAGCUGAGGCUGCAGGCUGUUACCUAGAAAAUGUCAAGUUCAGCAACGUGUUUGUCAGCGAUAUGCUGCGGGCCCAGCAGACUGCUGAAACAAUAAUGAAACACAACAGCAGCUGUUCUGGUCUGCAGAUGGUGUGUGACCCUUUACUUAAAGAGAGAAGUUUUGGGAUUGCAGAGGGGGGACGGGUGCAGGACAUGAGAGAGAUGGCCAAGGCAGCUGGUCAGUCGUUUGCAGCCUUCACCCCUCCAAAGGGAGAGACUCAGGAACAGGUGAAGCAGCGGGUCCAAGAGUUUUUGGUGAAAAUGCUGCAGCAGAUUGGGGCUGAGCACUGGCAUGACAAAGCGCAGGAUGAAACCUCCUUAUCUGCUCCACCAGACACAUCCCCCGUGGAGGGAAAGGCAGAUGAUGGGGUCAGGGGCUUCCCCGUCCAUGCUUUGGUUGUCACCCAUGGGGCCUACAUGUCUGUGACAGUGCGCUACUUUGUGGAGGAGUUACACUGCUCCUUGCCUCCAUGUUCCAACAAGGCACAUGUGUUCUCUUUGAGUCCCAACACUGGUCUGUGUCGGUUUAUUCUCACCGUGAGAAAAGAGGACGACAGCUUCAAGUUGUCAGGGAUGCGCUGUGUGUUCGUCCACAGAGGGGACCAUGUGAAACAGUAGGAGACAGGAAAGCAGAGGCGUACAGAAUGAAAAAGCACCAGAGAGUCAACACUGAAAAUCUACAGAUGUUCAGUUGUUGCUCAGAACAGUUUAUUCAUUUUAUUAUUUAUUCUUAUUUAUUGAAAUUGAUGCAGUUUUUCUUGGUGAUUCGGUAUAAGCAUGUUUUGCCAAUGGAAUUAAACUUACGACAAGUGUUUAGGUGCUGUUCAUUGUUAAUACAAAAAACAUAAAACACUUAAAUUAAUUGAAUUCAGAAAUCCAGUUUAAAAUGAUCAACAUAUGGAUUAAAUAAUACAUCUAGUGUAUGUUCUUUAUUUCAUACGGUGGCCUACAGCAGAAUGUGUUUUAUAGUGAGGGUUUGAAUGCUGUUUCAUGAGUCGAGCUCCUUCAUUUAGACUCAGAUAGGCAGUUUGUGUUGCAGAGCGAUGUCGUCAUCACUUUGUCGCUGUCUGGCUGUUCAUUACUAUAUAUGUGGGCAGUUUUGUGCUCUAAUCACUCAGUGUUUCUAUAUUUACUCUCCGGAAGUUUGCAGUUUUUAACGCAGGGAAAACAGAGCAGAACUGCAGCACUGUUGACUUUUUGGAAAUCAGUGACUUUUUCAUUGUUGUGAAUUAUUACUUCGGUCAACAAGGGUAGAUCUAAGCUGCAUUAGUUAUGUUACUGUAGCAUGUAUGCACUUUACUUGUGUUACUUUACACUCUCAGUAUAAAACUAAAUUACUUUGAGCAGAUUAACAUUACUUCUUCAAUACCGUAAUCAAGAGAAUGUACGUUAUAUGACAUUAUAUGACUGCUGAACUGGAUUCAAUGGAUGUUGUCACUGGGAUUCUGUAACUGAAAACUCUUAAUGUAGGAAUACUGUCUGUCUAAACAUAGACUCCCUAAAAACUUUGUAUGAUGAUGAUUUUACAUUCUGAUUCACUCCAUCCUGCCACAUUGUGUACCUUUAUUUCAUAUGCUGAUAUCAAAUAAAUGACAGGGUUUUUUAAUAUUACU